AUGGACCCCCUCCCGGAGUACUCUCUGUUCCUGGUCCGGAUCCUGGAUGAGUUGGACACAAAGCACAACACCAUGUCCUACCAGGACCUGUGUAAGUCCCUGUGCGCUCGCUUCGACCUGGUGCAGCUGGCAAAGCUCCGCAGCCUGCUGUUCUACACCGCCUGCCUGGACCCCGCCUUUCCAGCCACCCUCUUCAAGGACAAGAUGCGCUGCUCCAUGGAGGACCCACAGUCCAAGAAGCUCAUGGUGGCAGCAGACAUCGUCACCAUGUUCAACUUGAUCCAGAUGAAUGGAGGCAUGGUCAAAGACAAGCUCCCCUUAGCACACAGAGGCAAGUUCCACAAGAACCAGUCGUUGGAGCUGUGCAGGUCUGAUGAUGACUCCUAUAAGUUUCAGGACUGUGACAGGGGGCUUGGUUAUGAGCACAUAGAUCACCCCAGAGCUGGACACCAUCACCACCACCAACACCAACAUCAACCUACCAAGCAGCACCCUGUGCCUCAGAGCAUCACCCCCUCCGCUGACUGCAAGACCUGCCAACCGUUCAUCCCCUCCUCGGACCCUAACUUCCUUCUUGGCGUCAACAAGGACCUGAAAUGUAGAGCAGCGUCUCUGGACAAGCUGCACCACCUGCCCCAGUACUCCAGCAGCAGCCCGCCCUCUCCCCCAUGUGACAUAGAGAGCACCUACUUCCCCAUGGAUAUGGACAGCGAGUGCACCACCGACCAGGAGUCCCUGCAGCACAUGGGCCAUCCAGAGCCCUUCUCUGUCCACUCCUGCAUCCAGAAGAGGACCGUCUUCAAGGAGGACUUCCACAACUUCGUGGCCUUCUCCCCACAGGUGAAUCCCAGUAAAAGCAAGCAGGGCAGCAAGGCUGCUGAAGGCUACCACAAGAGGGAGCUGCACAAACCUACUACCUUCUUCAACCACAGCUUUGAACUGCCCUACAGUAACCCCUACUUUGAGCCAACACUCAACUCUCCUCUUCAGGACAGGAGGAGGGUGAAGCAUGAGAGCCUGGACGACUUACAGGCCUCCACAUACUUUGGUCCCACUACGGUCUCUGAGAGCAUCAGCAGCAGGAAGCACAGGAACAAAGCAGGGAAGCAGCCGUCAUGGCCAGUGAAAAGCCUCAGUCUCAACACAGAAGAGGGGCCUCCAGAACUUGAAAGAUCCUUUCUGAACAGCAGACCACUUAAAGAAAACCACCAUUGCAAUGUCCCCAUUAGAAGAACUGACAAUGAGCAGCAUUUUCAGAGCCCAAAGGAAAAGGUGGUAGCUUCUCCUUCAGGGUUUGCAAAGAAAAGUGAAGGAAUAAAAACCAAGGACGUAGCACUGAUGACGAGUGGGCCGGUGGGUUUGGAGAAAAGAGAAGUAGCCAAAAGGUUCAGGGACAAAAACAGUCCGUCUUUUCCGGGAGUGGACAGCUCCUUUAGUGUUGGGACUCAAACAGAGCAGGCUGAGAAGAAGAAGGGGAAAGAAUACCAAACGAAGUACAGUGACAGAGAGAGGCACGCCUUCAAACACUGUGAGGAGGACUCUGAGAUCGUCAGCGAUGACAUAAGUGAUAUUUUCCGUUUUCUGGAUGAUAUGAGUGUUUGUGACUCAUUGGGAGUUGUCCAAUCCUCAUGCUACAACAGCAAUGGCUCCCUCUCUCAGGUAACGCUGAAGUCUGAAGGCGACAGCUCCCCUGAACGCAACACGGUCAAACUAGCCAAGUCCAAGCUGGACCGCCUCUUCCAUUCGCUGGAAAACACAGACGAUGAGCUCAAAUCCAGCGUGUGCAAGCUGGUCACGAGGAUCGGUGAGAUUGAGAAGAAGCUGGAGGGUCUGUCGGGGGUCCGCAGUGAAAUCUCCCAGGUGCUUUCCAAACUCAACAAGCUGGACGAGAAGAUCCAGGAGCCUGAGGCCAACGGGAGACAUGGGGAUACGGCGUCAACAUCUGGAACCAAGGCCACCCCGGACAAGUUGCACCCCAACCCUCAUCCACAUCCCGACAUCACCCUCUCACCUCGAGUUUUCCAGUGCCACACCACCGGUCACAACGUUAAAGUGGACAAGAGCCCCUCAGCGGAGUGGGGCUGCUCGGAUGGGAACAGCGAUAGCCUCAGGGUUAAAGCUCUGAGGAAGAGCAUGUUCACCAGGAGGUCAUCCCGCUCCCUCAACGAGGAGAACAGUGCUACUGAGUCAAAGGUCGCCAGCAUCACCAACUCUCCCCGGGACUGGAGGACAGUGUCCUACUCCUGCCACCCUGGAGACGAGGGCCAGGACAGACAGCGGAAAGUCAAAGAGGCAGAACGAGAGCGUCAGUACGAGUUCCCCCAGGCCCACCGCCCGUCUAAGCCGCCGAAGGAGUCCUAUCUGAGCGAACAGGUUUUCUCUCCGCACCCCUUCACCCCCUCCAUCAAGGCCCAUGUGAAAGGCAGCCCCCUGUACACAGACCUGAGGAUCAGCAGCCUGUCGGAAGGGCCAAGGGGCCAGCCGUCCUGGACCCUCGAGGAGUUCAAACGCAACUCAGGAGAGAAGGGGAAGCAGCUCACCGCUCUGGACCUGCAGACACAGGAGUCCCUCAACCCCAACAACCUGGAGUACUGGAUGGAGGAUGUGUACACCCCAGGCUACGACUCGCUGCUCAAGAGGAAGGAGGCGGAGUUCAGGAGGGCCCGGGUGUGUAAGAUCGCAGCGCUGAUCGCAGCAGCUACCUGCACUGUGAUCCUGGUCAUCGUGGUUCCAAUUUGCACCAUGAAAACAUGACAGUACCAGGAUGGAGGAACCCUUCUAAUUUAUGAAACACUUUAACUGCUGCCCCCUGUGGACGGGGUCAGUGUGCAGUGGAUUUACUGACAAAAUGAUGUUAGGGUUGGACAAUGUCAGCUGGAGGUUUUUGUUUUUAAUUCAGUUCUUAUUCUGGAGGUCCUUUUGUGCCAAUAUUAACAUAAUUAGGACAUCUAUUGUACAAUAGACAUGAAAUCAGCAAGUGCACCAUAUAUAAAUAUACUGUAUAUCUAUUGGUUUACCAGUUGUAGUCGAUUGUAUUGUUAUAAACUCUGCCGGACAGUUUGAAGGUCAUUGAUCUCUUUAUUUAGCAUCUUUGCCGCAGAUUAACUGAAAUGAAAUUGUUACUGUAGCCAGCGUAACAUUUUUUAUUUUCGUAUAAUUACUGAAAGCCGUAUUCUGAUCAAAGUUAUUUUUAUGAAUUAUCGGGUUGAAUGUGAGGUUUUAUUUUAUUGUUAUUUUUCAAUAACAGCAAGCAUUUAAAGUUAUGAAACACUUUUUUCUAACUUAAGAUAUAUUGUACAAGUACUUCAGUUGAAAUAUAUAAUAUAUGAAUAUGAUAGGUAUACUUGUACAUAGAUUGCAGACAAAGUAUGACUAAGCAACCGAACUGAAUGUAUUGAUAACUAUAUCCUGUUCACUUGGAAAGCAAUGAGUUGAGAAGAUACUUGAAUGUUGCUGCCGUCUCUUUUUCUGAGUUAUAACCAGCCAACAGCACACUGCUCCUCCACACACCGUGGAUAUGAUCUGUUCUUUGCAAGAGUAUGCUCAGUGGCGUCUCAUCAGAAAACACCUUUUCCUCCAUGUUAACCCAUAUGAGUGUGUGUUAGAUUAACCAGGGACCCUCAGAGUUUACCUAUGUUGGAUGACCCAGAUUUCUUCUUCAUCAGAUCAUCAGACAGGAGCCACACAGGAUUAUCCACUACUUCAAUACAUUUGGUCCAAAAUUGCUCAUGUUCAUAUUUUCCCCCCCUAAAGUCUUAAUAUGUAAAAAAUGAAUAUGCUCACUAGGUUAAGUACCAGACUGAAAGAGUCCUCUCCUGCUGAUGUUCAGCUGUAUAUCAGUAUGUAGUGUCUCUACUUUAAAGAGUCCUCUCCUGCUGAUGUUCAGGUGUAUAUCAGUAUGUAGUGUCUCUACUUUAAAGAGUCCUCUCCUGCUGAUGUUCAGGUGUAUAUCAGUAUGUAGUGUCUCUACUUUAAAGAGUCCUCUCCUGCUGAUGUUCAGCUGUAUAUCAGUAUGUAGUGUCUCUACUUUAAAGAGUCCUCUCCUGCUGAUAUUCAGGUGUAUAUCAGUAUCUAACGUCUCUACUUUAAAGAGUCCUCUCCUGCUGAUGUUCAGGUGUAUAUCAGUAUGUAGUGUCUGUACUUUAAAGAGUCCUCUCCUGCUGAUGUUCAGGUGUAUAUCAGUAUGUAGUGUCUCUCCUUUAAAGAGUCCUCUCCUGGUGAUGUUCAGGUGUAUAUCAGUAUGUAGUGUCUCUACUUUAAAGAGUCCUCUCCUGCUGAUGUUCAGGUGUAUAUCAGUAUGUAGUGUCUCUACUUUAAAGAGUCCUCUCCUGCUGAUG